AUGUGGUUUAUUAUUGUAACAAUAUUAGUUAUUAUUAUUGGUAUUAGAAAAUUCUUAGAAAUUUUAACGAUUGAUGAUAUAAAAGGAAAAGUUGUAGUUAUUACUGGUUGUGAUUCAGGAUUUGGAUAUGAAACAGCAAUAAAAUGUUGCCAAAAUGGAAUGAUUGUAUUUGGUGGUUGUUUAACAAAUCUAGGUGCAACAGAAUUAGAGAAACGUUGUAAUAAAAUGGAAGGCAAAUUAUUUACAUUUAUUGUUGAUGUAAGCGAUGAUGAUAGUAUGAAAAGUGGUUGUGAAAAAGUUAAACAAAUAAUGAAAAAAUUACUUAUUUCAAAUAUUUAUGGAUUAAUUGUUAAUGCAGGAAUCUUAGGUGAUUGUGGACCAUUUGAUUGGUUAUCAACAAAAAAUUAUAAAGAUGUCUUUGAGGUUAAUACUUUUGGUGGAAUAAGAACAGUUGAACAUUUUAAAGAAUUAAUUAAAAAAAGUAAUGGAAGAAUUAUUAUAACAACUUCUGUAUGUGGAAGAGUUGCCAUACCAAAUAUUGGUCCAUAUUCAUGUUCUAAAUAUGCUAUGGAGGCAUUUUGUGAUAUAUUAAGACUUGAAAUGAAACCAUUUAAUGUUAAAGUUAUUUGUAUUGAACCAGGUUUUUUUAAAACACCAUUAACUAAAACUGAUAAUAUUACCAAAAUGUUAGAACGUGUAUAUAAUAAUUGUAGUGAUAAUAUUAAACAACAAUAUGGAAAAGAUUAUUUUAAUUUUAUUGUAAAACAAACUAAAGAACAUUUAAUUUAUAGAUCAAGUUCUAAUUGUCAUUUAGUUUCUGAAGCAUAUUUUAGAAGUCUUGUUAGUUAUUUACCAUAUUCAAGAUAUCAAAUUGGUUUUGAUUCAAAAUAUGUCUUUAUACCAUUAUCUUUUAUUCCAACAGAAAUUAGUGAUUUAUUAGCACAACUUUUUAUGCUUAUAAAGGGAGCACCAAAAAUUGUUGGAAUUAAUAAAUAA